AUGCCUGCGUCUUCUGGUAGCAUCGCCAACCUGCAAGCCAAGAUAUGGAGCGGAUCGCUACCUCUGGAGAUACGGCUCGCAGCAUCCGACUGCCGCACCUACGAUGAGUCGGAGCCGUAUCUCAUUCAAUACCCUCGACUGUCGUAUCUCGCAUUCCUGCUGCCCAAGUUACACGCAUUCUUCACGCCCAGUCUGAUCAAUGCGGACGUUGCGUCGAAUGACGCUUGGCUGUCCUUCGAAGGCGUCCCUUUGAAAUGGCACUACCCACUAGGCCUGCUCUACGACCUGUUCUCGGGAGCGGAACCUGCUGACCUGGAGCCGCCUGGAAAACCCGAGUCUGUGUCCGCAUCUCAAGCCACCGGCGAGAGUAGCACCCGGUCCUCGCCUAUCCCGUGGAAGCUGACCAUCCACUACUCUGAUUUUCCUGGUGAGCAACUCAUACAGCUGGAUCCGGAAGGUCGAACCAUGCAAGAUACCUUUGUCAACGCCGUCAAAGAAGCCGACUUUGUCCGGAAUGGCUCUGGCAGGACUGUCAUGCUGAUGAGCAAAGAAGACUCGGAUAAUCUGUGGCUUUCGGUGCAACAACGUGAGAUACGACCUUGCCAGCUCAUCUGGCUGUUGUCUGACCGUGUAUUGACGUGCACUAGAUAAUCUGGUCCUGUUCAAUACCGUGAACACGAAGCUUCUCAAUCCACCGGGGAUGGAAUUGCGCCAUGUACCCAUCAAAAUCUAUCUGCCGACAUCAGCCGGCCAAUGGGCUACUGACACCAUUCCGGAGGAGGCACAAACUGGUCACAUGCGAGUAGUUCAGUCACUCGUCCCUUUGCUUUUGCCCUCGGGGCAACCUCAGACAACAGGCACUGCGCUGAACAGCGUCUUACCGACCAUAUUUCCAAGCCGGCGUAGCCCGAUCUACGCUCGUCCGGUAUUACAUGGCGCUGCAGUUCCACUCUCCACCCGUCUCGAUGAUCUCAGUAAAGCAGCAUCAUACACGGACGGAUUUUUACAUUUCGCAGUGGUCAUGCAUGGGUAG